AUGGGAUACAAAAUGUUAUGUGACAUUAAAACUGGAGGCUGUGGAACGACAAAUGUUGUUCAUCAUGUUAUAAGUAAAUGCCCACCUAUCUUCAUAAUCGUGUUGGAAUGGGAGAAGAGUGAAACUGAAAAAGAGAUAACAGAAACAACAAAGGCUUUGGAGUGGGAGAUAGAUAUCAGCAGACUGUACAAAGGCUUAGAACAAAACACAAACUACCGGCUUGUGUCAAUGGUUGGUUAUAGUGAAGAAGAAGGAGAACACAUCUGCAUGGCUUAUGAAAAGAACCGGUGGGUCAAUCUGAGACGUGAGUCUUUAGCAGGAGAGGUUGUUGGUAGCUGGAAGAGUGUGGUUAGACUCUGUGGAGAAAGGAAGAUUCGGCCAGAGAUUCUGUUUUACGAAGCUGCACCGUCCAUGAUGGACUAACAAGUUUAUCAACAUGGAGAAGACAAUUUGGUUCUGAAAUUUGAUCAUUUGGUU